ACCGCUGGAUCCAUUCAGCUUCCAGAGUUGAUGAUGUAUGCGAGACUCUGAUUCUGUCCGGUCGCUCCAAAAGCUCACUUUUGUUGGCAUCCUAACAACGCUACUGCUGUAUUUACCGUUGUAUUUCCGUUGUUGGGAAAACAACAAACGCAGCACCCGCAAUUACUGUUGUUGUUACAUCAAUCAAUAAAAACAAUAGAAAACUAUCGAAAAGAUUUUGAGGUUUCUCCGGACCGGAGAUAGGCAGCGGGAAACGGAGAUGGCUUCGCGGCGGUUAGCGGUGGCCGGAGCCGUUGCAAUGAGCGUUCUGCUGCUUACUUCUGCCUCCGAAGUGGAGCGGCAGCCUCUGGUGUACCGAAUUGCAUUCGGAUCGUGCGCUAACCAAAGCGCUCCCCAGCCAAUAUGGAAUGCAAUUCUUGACUUUGAUCCUCAAGUGUUUAUUUGGCUGGGUGACAACAUUUAUGGGGACAUCAGGCGCCCUUUCAAGUUAUUUGGCCAGGAAAGGACAAUUGGGCCAUGGAAGAAUGCUCCCAGAUUCAUUCCAUCUUCUGGGAAGGAGAUGCAAGCCAGAUAUGAUAAGGCUAAGAGCAAUCAUGGUUACAUCCGUCUUAGAGAGACUGCAAAGGUAAUUGGUACAUGGGAUGACCAUGACUAUGGAUUAAAUGAUGCAGGAAAAGAAUUUAGUGGAAAGAUUACUAACCAAAGGCUUAUGCUGGAUUUCUUGGAUGAACCUCAAGAUAGCCCAAGGCGUAAGCAGGCUGGUGUUUACACAUCUUACAUGUUUGGUCCAGCCGGUAGAAAAGUCAAGGUUAUUCUUUUGGACACAAGAUAUCACAGAGACCCUCUGUUUAGCGAUGGAACUAUUUUGGGAAAUUUGCAAUGGACAUGGUUGGAAAAGGAGUUGAAGGGGCCUGCAUCAGCCAUCACAAUUAUUGGAUCUUCUAUUCAGGUCAUAUCAAAUCUCUCUGCAACAACUGGCCCUUUGUUUGAUAUGGAGUCAUGGGGACGUUUCCCAAAAGAGAGGACUCGUCUUUUUAAGUUAAUUGCUGAUAGUAAGAGGGAUGGGGUCUUCUUCAUAAGUGGAGAUGUUCACUUCGGAGAAAUUACAAGAUAUGACUGUGCGAGUGGAUAUCCACUGUAUGAUAUAACCUCAAGUGGGCUUACCCAAGCUGUUGAGAAGGCUCUUCCACCGCCAUUACAUUUUAUAGUGAGGUUUCUGGCAUGGUUGACCCCAAGUACAAUGAGAGUUCUGGAUAGAAACUGCAGAUACAGAUCAUGCACAUCUGGCCAACCAAAUUUCGGAGUGAUAGAGAUUAAUUGGGACACUACUCCAGUCAAUUUGAAAUUUGAAGUGAGGGAUGUAAAUGGAUUGCCUGUUACAAGUGUUAACAGCUCAUUACUAGAACUCCAAUUUGGAAGCCUUGACUCUAAAGCCACCAGUAAAGCAGGUGAAUAUCGGAAACACUGCUCUCCUGAAGUUACCCUUCCAUGGAUCGACAGGCAUCGCCUGGCUAUCUUCAUCUUUUACUCUCUUGCUGUGUUCCUCCUUGCUGUGAUAGUUCUUGUCUACACAGUUACCUCGCUCAUCCUGCAUUGUCUCCGAAAACACAAGCUUGAUUGACCGAGAAUCCGAGAUACUUUUAUUUCUAAUUGACAGUACAGAACCUAGUACCAUGGAAUCAAAUACUCGAGUAGCCAGCGAGCUGGCUUAUUGUGGAGGUCUUGUAAAUAUCAUUCUACAGGUUUACUUUCUCGGACUGCAACGGAAACAAGAGUUUGCAGUUCAUAUCAACAAGUAAAAUCAAUAAAUGUUCAUUUUCCUUUACAAGCCUCCCCCCCCCCCCCCCCCCCCAAUAAAACAAA